UAAUUUAAACUUCCCCGUCGCAUAAAGUAGAUAUUUGUGUUCAUGACUUUGUCCGGCUAAUAGUCUAAACUGUAUAUAACACAUACAUCAGCACAUUACUGAACUAUUAGCCACAACAGCGUAAUGCUAAGAAUAAAAAACAAGUUAACGUUGGUUAUUAUCGUUAGCAUCGACAUGUAGCGUAAACUACCAGCAACGUUGAACUGCGUCAACUGUUAACGUUAUAUUAUCAAUUGCUAGACAAAGCUUACGAGAGAAGUCAUGACAACAACAAGCAAUGGUUCUGUUCUUAAAGAUGUUGUUGUCUAUGUGGAUGUGUGGUCAUCAGACAAAACGGCAAACUAUUCUAAACCAUUCGUUCAGCAGCUGCAAGAAAUGGGUGCUCAGGUAUCAAAGUCAUUCAAUAAACAAGUCACACAUGUAGUCUUCAACAAUGGCCACCUGGCUACAUGGAAGAAAGCCAAGAAAAAUGACGUGAGGCUUGUCUCUGUUCUCUGGGUAGGCAGAUGUUACGAUGAUGGGGUUCGUUUGGAUGAGGAGAUGUUUCCAGCCUUUAAUGAUGAACGCAAUCCUGUAUUGAAGAACAAAAGACAUCGGUGCAUGCAACCAAAAGAUUCUCCAGAGAGGACACCUGAAAAUGACAGACGUAUGAGAAAAAAAUUGGAUAAGAUGAUGAAAGACAUGGCUCCGAAACAACCUUUUGUUACAGAUGUGUCACCUAUCAUUAUUGAUGAGGAGAAUGGAAUCGUCUAUAGCCCUGCGUUGAAAAGAUCAGAUUAUAUGGCACAGCGUUUAAAAGACAUGAAAGAGAAACGGGAAAACCUCUCACCGACAGCUUCACAAAUGGUUGAACCCUGCUCACCAGCUGGGAUGAAGCCUUCUCUUGGGAGCACACCAACAGUCCUCAAAUUAAUGUAUGACCUGUCGGAUGAUGAUUCCAGUGCUUCUGUGGCUGAACCUGCUUACUCACCUGAUAAAGAAGAAGGGAGAAAGCAAGUGGAUGUCACCAGCCAUGACCGCCGUGAGCAACACCACACAAAAGACUCCAAAGAGCCGUGUCUCUCACACGGCCGCGAUGUGCAAAGACAGAUUUCAAGUCCAGUAAAAUGUCAAGACUUCAAGGAAGAAGAAGCGAAUAUUGUAAAAAGGUCUAGAAGGACCUCAGUCAGAAAAAAGGCAGCGGAGAAACACAAAUCACUAAGUUUACUAGAAAGUCCCUUAAAGGAUGAGAUAUCUUGCAAGACCACAGACUUGAAUAAAGAACAAAGGGAAUCGGAGGUAAGAUCCUCUGGGCCAUCGCCUUCCAAAACUCAAAAGGAAAAAAUAAAAGUAGCUAAAUCCUUUACAGAGACACAUUUUUCUUCAGAUGCUGCAAAAUCUUCUAGCGGUCUCGCCAUACCAGACAAAUUUGGUGAUGGUGCAGUUAAACUGUUAAAGGAACCUGCUCCCCCUAUACAGAAAACAUCUAAACAUGUCCGGACGUCAUUCUCUGCCUUAGUGCGGUCUUUCACUCUACCCAGCGACUCUAAAAGUGCUGCUUCAGUUUCCACUGAGGGAGACGAUAAUGUCUUCGAAGACUAUUUUUCCCCUGCCAACCACCACCCUAUAUCCAAAGGACUUCCUUUGCCUAAUCUACCCGUGGGGAGAGACAUUCCGAAUCCUUUUCAGUUGGACUCUGUCCCAAAGAAGAGUAAACGAAGAACUGAAAGCAGAGGAUCCGAAACUCCAACUAAAAAGAAGAGGUUACACGAAACAAGUCCGAAUUCUGUUUCAAGCAGCAAGCCCCAAAGUCAUCCCCAGCAGGAGGUCCAAGAACCUCAGCCUGUAUCGCGGAGGCCAAGUGCCAAUGUCACACACAGGGCAAAAAAGCGACAGAGACAAAGCACGUUGCCCUUCACAAGCAGUGGCACAACCACGAGCGAUGCCACCAGACGGAGACGAGCCUCUACAACAGUGCGGCCCGACACCGCGUCGAUGGAGGCCGAUGCGGUGUCGGAGCUGCAGAGGAACUCUGUCGCUGCCGUUUCUCAUGCAGUGGAAAGAGGGGGAAAUGUACGUAUGGUUGCAGCUGGUUUAACAAAGUUCCCGUCUGAAGGCAAAGAAGAGCGUCACAACUUGAGUCUUCAGAACAUGGUGAACCAAAAGAAGGUUAUGAGAACGUUGGUCAUGACGAGCAUGCCCACUGAGAAGCAGCACACGUUGGUUCAGGUUGUGGCGACACUGGGCGGGUUUUCAAUCGUUGACCGAGUUUGUGAGAGCACAACUCACGUGGUGUCCUGGGGUCACCGACGGACUCUCAAUAUUCUGUUGGGCAUAGCGCGAGGCUGCUGGAUCCUGUCGUUUGAAUGGAUCCUGUGGUGUUUGGAGCAAAGGCAGUGGAUUCCAGAGGAGCCAUAUGAACUCUCAGACCAGUUUCCUGCAGCACAGAUCUGUCGUCUCCAGAGGCACCUGUCUGCCGGGGAACACCAGCAGGAUCUGUUCCACGGCCAGCCCGCCAUGUUUGUGUCCCAGCACUCCCAGCCUCCCACUCACAGUCUGGAGGAGCUGAUCCAGCUCUGCGGAGGAACAGUCACCAAAUCUGUGCGACAGGCAGGUAUCUGCAUCGGGAAGCACGGCGGCAGGAGGCCGGAGGGAAGCAGGGUCCUGUCUGAGCAGUGGGUGCUGGAUAGUAUCACCCGUUUGAAGCGGCUGUCAUAUGACAACUACCUCUUGGAGUGAAAGCUGUGAAGUUCAGUUUUUAGUAAUUUAUACGUUGAGCAGCGCAACAACUUGUUGUUGCACAAGGGCUUUACAUAAUUUCUCUUAAAUAUUCAGUUACUGUAAAACAAGAAAAACUGCUUUGACAUUGUGUGUGAAUCUUUUGUUGUUUUUGUUUAUCUUUUAUUGUACUAACCCUUAAUGUAUAAUGUGAAGAAUUUAACAAGAAAUUAGACUGUUUUCAAUUCUAACACUGUGAUUUUAAAGAUACUUUCUGGGCCAGUUCAACACUUAAAUGGUCUAUUCAUACAAAAAUGUUUUGUGGUGGCAUUAUUAAUAAAUACUUUUUGACCGUG